CACAAAGGACGAACAUGGGCAAGCUCUGAGCUUUACAGUCCAGACUCCAGAGGAAACAGAGGACUGAUAAACUUGAUAUUUUACUGGCCAUUAAUCCUCACCAAAAUUCCUCCCAGAAUCUAUCAUGAGCUUGUGCUUUUGCUCAAUCUCUAAACCAUCGAUUCCAACUUCAGAACCCGCUUUUCGAUGGCUGAUUCCAAAGCAUACGAGGUAUCUUCAAUUCACCACCCUGCCCAGUCACUUCCUCAAUUACCACAAUUCUACUAGGCAGCAGAAGCAUAACCAUUCUGUGAGGGCUGUUCAAGAGGAGGGAACUGGAAUCCUUCCUCCUCCUGACGACACCGUUUCACUACCAAACUACCCAGCAGUUGUUGAGGAUACCACCCACCAAGAAAUCAAGGAAGCCAUUCUUGAUGAUGGAGUAGCAGCUACUGUGUUAGAGGAAGAAGUACCCAACACCCGUCCCAGAAAGAAACAACUUGCUGACAAGGAAGAAAAAGAGUCUGAUGAUGAUAAUAGGUUCACUCUUAGAAACGGAAAAGAGGUUCUUGAAGAGAAAGCCUAUCUUGUUGGUGUUGCUUGCAAAGGUGAUAAAGAAGAUUCAUUUGGUAUAGAGGAAUCACUUAAAGAACUUGCCCAGCUAGCUGACACUGCUGGACUAUUGGUUGUUGGUUCCACGCAUCAGAAACUUUCCAAGCUGAAUCCAAGGACAUAUAUAGGAUCUGGGAAAGUUGCAGAAAUCAAGACCACAAUUCAAGCAUUUGGUGUUGAGACUGUGAUAUUUGAUGACGAGCUUUCACCAGGACAGUUGCGAAAUCUGGAGAAGGUUUUCGGUGGAGAUGUCAGAGUGUGUGAUCGGACAGCCCUCAUUCUGGAUAUUUUCAACCAGCGGGCAGCAACCCGUGAAGCUGCAUUACAAGUUUCAUUGGCUCAAAUGGAAUACCAGUUGCCACGGCUCACAAGAAUGUGGACGCAUCUUGAGCGACAAGCUGGAGGCAAGGUGAAAGGUAUGGGUGAGAAACAAAUAGAAGUGGACAAGAGAAUCCUACGCACUCAAAUUGGUGUUCUAAAAAAGGAGCUGGAAUCGGUUCGGAAACAUCGAAAGCAGUAUAGGACUAGGCGCAUCUCUGUCCCUGUUCCUGUUGUAUCUUUGGUUGGGUACACCAAUGCUGGAAAGAGUACACUACUAAAUCAAUUAACAGGUGCAAACGUCCUUGCUGAGAACCGAUUAUUUGCUACACUUGACCCUACUACACGAAGAGUACAGAUGAAAAAUGGGAAGGAAUUUCUUCUUACAGACACUGUUGGAUUUAUCCAAAAGCUACCUACAACCCUGGUUGCUGCCUUUAGGGCAACACUAGAAGAAAUUUCAGAGUCAUCACUUCUUGUGCAUGUGGUGGAUAUAAGCCAUCCACUGGCAGAGCAACAAAUAGAGGCUGUGGAGAAAGUUCUUUCUGAACUUGAUGCCACAUCGAUUCCAAAGUUGAUGGUCUGGAACAAGGUUGAUAAAGCUGAACAUCCUGAAAAAACAAAAUUGGAAGCCAAGACGGGAGAAGAUGUUGUAUGCAUAUCUGCUCUAACUGGAGAAGGGUUAGAUGAUUUCUGCAAUAUGGUCCAGGAAAAGCUUAAGAAUACAAUGGUCUGGGUUGAGGCUUUGAUCCCAUUUGACAAAGGGGAACUUCUUAGUACCAUCCAUCGUGUAGGGAUGGUUGAGAAAACUGAAUACAUCGACAAGGGAACAGUGGUUAAAGCCCAUGUGCCUCUCCGGUUUGCAAGGCUUCUGACGCCAAUGAGGCAGAUGUGUGUAUCAUGACUUUGGAUUUGUACAAAUGAUGUUCGGAUGCGAUGGGUUGUUUGAAGACCAAUUCAUGAAUACCAAACUACUUUGAUGCUUGCAUGGCCAACUAUCAAACACGAAAAGCAACUCAUCUAGGGCAAAGGAAACAAUGGCGAUAAAGAAGAUUGUCAUUGCUCAUUGUUGACCUAAUGAUUUCAUGAAAUGUCAUCCUUCUUCAGAGUGUCUUGUCACAAGAUAAGGCUUGGUUGUACAUGCAUCUUUGUACAUAGAGCUUGUAGAUGUUGGCAUGUCCACUCACUUUUAGCUUCUGUGGGAGUCCUUUGGAUGUGUUCCUCUAAGCACCAGAUAUCCUAAUCUAAUGUUUCAUGAAACUUUUGAUCGGGGUAGGGUGCGCCCGUCCCCUUAA